UCGAGGUGUGACAGCCUCUGCCUCCAUCCUCAGCUGAUGAAGCCACUGAGAAGAAAGCGGCUCGGGCACCCGCACUGUCUGCGGUUAAAUAAUAAACAUCCAAACCGUCGACGAGGAAAGAUCGUGUUUUUUCCGUGUUCGUGUCGGAUUUUAACAGGCAGCUGCUGCAGCAGGGGGAUGCUGUCAUCUUGAGAGACGUCGCUGAUUUAAAAGGCAAACAGAAAUACAGCUGGGACAUCAUCUGGGGAUCGUUUCUCUCACUGGAAUCAUUGAGGCAGGAAUAUAACAAGCAGACCGAUCCGUCUGCAGUGCACCACCGAGGAAGUGAAAAUGUAACCCAUGACAGAGCUCACAUCUCACAUCCGUUCUGCCUGGAAAUCUUCAUUGAAUUAACGCUUCUGGUCACGUUGUCAUGUCAGCGUGAUCCAACGAGAUUUGUGAUUUUUAAUCAUGGAAAACUUGAAGGAUGCGCCAAACAGUCUUUAUGCUGAAUUUCAAUUUUUCUGGUCAUUAUGAAAUUGCUCUUUAAAACUUUAAAUUUUAAAUUUGAGAUUGAAAGUUGAUUUUGUGACCAUAGACAAUCUCUCACUGCAAGGUCACACGAUCUUAAUCAGCAGAUGGAACACAUGAACACUUAAACAUGUACAGAAAAGGAACUCUUUCAUGUGAUUUUAAUGUAUCCAAACUUUUUUAAUCGGUUUUGAUCAAUGAGACUUCUGUUUUCUCACAUACCUGAAAAAAAGAACUGUUAGUCCACACCUGUGCAAAAGUCCAGGCAAAGAUUUUGCACAUUACUCUGAACACUUUCAUCCUUCAAUACAAAGACACCUUUUACAUUCAACAAAAGAAAUAAAGGAAUUGACUUUAAAGCGCUGCUAUAUUAUUAGGAGUCUUUUCACUGCUACAUGCUGUUGUGAUGCUGGACGUGGUGAAGAUGAAGGAAGCGUGUAGGAUCUGCGCCCGCGAGCUCUGCGGCAACCAACGCAGAUGGAUUUUCCACCCGGCAGCCAAACUCAACCUACAGGUGCUGCUGUCCCACGCUCUGGGCCACGAGCUGACCCGGGAUGGCCGCGGGGAGUUCGCCUGCUCCAAGUGCGCCUUCAUGCUGGACCGCAUGUACCGCUUCGACACGGUCAUCGCCCGUGUGGAAGCGCUGUCUCUGGAACGCCUUCACAAGCUGCUGCUAGAGAAAGACCGGCUGAGGCACUGUAUUGGAGGCCUGUUCCGGAAGAACAACGCAGAGGAGGGGAACGUGGUUCCGCCCGGGGCCAUUGUGGGCGUCGUUGAGACUGACGUGGGGUCCGAAGACUCUCCGGUGGUGGAUCUGUCAGCUCUGCAGGAUGGAAGAUACUCCGAUAUGAUCCAGGAUGAUCUGACUUACUCUGUGUAUGAAUCCUGGGCUGAUAAGGAGGACCCUGCCCUAGACAACCCCACUCACCACCACCACCACCACCAGUGCCCCGGAGCAGACUCUCUCUCUGGCCAGAAGCCGAGGCGGUGCAGGGGUUGUGCAGUGCUUCGUGUUGCUGAUUCUGACUACGAGGCUGUGUGUAAGGUGCCUCGCAGGGUUGGGUGCAAGAGCGGGCGCAGGAGCACAUCUUGUGGCCCGUCUACCCGCUACUCAACAGCCACUCCGGGGGGCGAAGACCCCGCCAGAAUCCCCGGAGAGUCCGAGGCUACAGCUGUCACCUUUGAUUCCUCCUUAGCUGAGUUGGACACUGAUAAGAUCAUGUUUGACCGGACGAGUCCCAGCCCGUCAUCGUCUGUGGAAUCUCUCGACACCGCCGUGGAUGUGAGUUGCCUUCCUGUGAACCACAAAGAAAGAGAAGAAACUGAACCAGAGAAAGAUCCAGAGGAGGUUCCAGCGAGAAGGGAUACUUUAUGGGAUAAACCCCUAAGUGAGAGUUCCCUCUCUGGGCUUGAGGUGUUGCUGAGCCUCCUGAGGGACUGGGACUACCGGCCAGUGAAGCCUCAAAGAGGCAGCAGACUCCCAGUUCUUGUCAAAACCAAAGGCUUGUCCCUUCCCCUCCCCAUCCCACUGAGGUUGUCCUGUGGAGGGGCAGCAGACUGUGAGUUGUACCCCCAUCAGCCCGUUCCGGAGGUCAUGACCCCAUGUCCCCAGCAGGAGCUACAGGUGGAGCUGGCCGAGAUGGAGGAGCAGUGGUUGGAUGAUUAUGUUCAGUGUGGGCCGUUUCAGCAGAGGCUGAUUGAUGAGCAGCAGGGCCAGCUCAGUCAGUAUGAGAGCGCUGCAGGUCAGUGUGUGGGUGAGCUGCAGAAGGCCCAGGACCAGGUCUGCUCGCUGCAGGCCAAGAUCAGAGAGAGCGAGACCAGGAACCAGAAGCUGCAGGUGCGUCUCGGUGAGAUGGAGUUGGAGCUGCGUGCGGCCCGAGAGGAAGCCCAGCGACAGGAGCGAAACAUCCAGAACAUCACUGAUACUGCCAACUCCAAGGAGGCAGAGGCUGCAGAGCUGUAUCGGGUGAUUGAGGAGCAGAAUAAGAUGCUGUGUUCUCUGAAAGAGCUCACCAACCGCAACCAGCUGCAGCAGCUGCAGGUGUCGGGUGCAGACAGUAUUCGAGGUCAUAGUGAGGUGCUGGCUCUGCAGGCGUCUCUCUUCCAGGCUCAGCUGGAGCUGCAGGCCGAUCAGCGGGAGCAGCGGCAGGCAAGCAGGACGCAGGAGGAUCUGAGCCGAGCCCUGCAGAGGCUGGAGAAAGACCUGCAGGGGGCGCUGCAGCACAGGAGGGAGACGGAGAGACACAACCAGGAUCUGCAGCUGGCUCUGGAGAACGCCCGAUCGGCCCUGCAGGAGAGAGAGGAGCAGCUGAGAGAGGGCGAGCAAAAGAGACAGAGGCAGGACGAGGAGAGAGAGAAGGCCGUCAGAGAGCUGAGGACGUCCCUGCAGACUAAAGAGCAGCUGAUAGAGGACUACUGUGAGCUGUUGGAGGAUCCAAAGGACAAGAGAGACUCUCUGCUUCAGAAACUCCGCCAGCGUAUCAAGGAGAGAGACCGAGCUCUGGAGCGAGCGGUGGACGAAAAGUUCCGCAGCGUGGAGGAGAAAGAAGAGGAGACUCGUCGGCUUCGGCUGCUGCUCAGAGAGAAGGAGAGAGACCUGGAGAGGCAGCACUGCGUCCUGUCCAACAACGAGGAGACCAUCACUAGCCUGGAGGUGCUGGUGCGUGGUAAGGCUCUGGAGCUGGAACAUGUGUGCGACGCCUGGAGGAACGUCCAGCGGCAGCAGCAGGAGAGUGGAGAGAGACAGAGCAGCAUCCUUAGAGAGAGAGACGGCAUCAUAGGCCAGCUGCAGGCGGCGCUGCACGCUCGCACGCAGGAGGCUCAGGACAUGCGCUGCUCUCUACUGGCUCAGAUCCAAUCAGCUCCCAGCGACGUUCUGGAGGAGCUGAAGAUCCGCCUCCAGCUCAAAGACCGCCUCUUCCAGGAAGUGCUGGCUGAUCGGACCCAGCAGGCCCAGGAGCACCACGAGCAGGUCCAGGAUCUACUCAGAACCAUCAGCUCCAGGGACCAGUACAUUCAGGACUCUGCGAGCCGGCUCGGUGAGGUGAUGGGUGAGCAGACAGGGAGGCUCCAGGAGCUCCGCAGACAGCUGAGCUCGGGUGUCAGGUCGAGGUCAGACUCGGACUCGGCUGUGGAGCUCCAGGCCAUGCAGGAGGAGCUGCGCCUGGCUCUGAGGAGGGAGAGGGAGAGCCAGGAGCUGAGCAGGGGUCAGGCUAGCAGGGAGGACUCCCUCACCAGGACGCUGCAUGUGAAGGAGGAGAUCAUCAGGGACUUCCAGAGGCAGAUGGUGGAGCCCUCCGGUCUCCCGCUGGUAGAGCGGUUGACCCUGGAGGUCCAGAAGCUGAGGGAGGGCCUGGUCCAGCGGGACGGACCCCCAGACAGAGGCCCUGUCCCGGGCCGUGACCGGCCCAACAGCAGGCAGCCUGAGUUUGGAGAACUGAGCUCAGAGGAUGAAGACGAGGCUGAUGAUGAUUUUAACAGCGACUACACCGAGAGCGUUGAUGAAGAGGAGUCCAGACUGAGGGUCAACACCCAGGGUUCUGGAGGUACAGGAAAGCCUCCAUCCCAGGAUACGUUGUUUGAAGGUCAGGGACUGAUGGAGGUCAAGCAGUUGGUGGAGCAGAAGAGGGCGGUGGAGAGAGAGCUGGGAGAGCUGAAGGCUCAACUGGAGAAGGCCGGCUUCUCCUCGCUUUCACAGAUGCGGAAAGCUCUGUUCAGCCUGCAAGCAGAGAAUGGAGGUUUAAAGCAUCAGCUGACUGAAGGGCUGCAGCCUGACAGAAAACAAAAUGAGUUGGACGGCGAAGAGGAGGAGGAGGAGUUGGAUGUGACCAUCGAAGGGGUGGAAGAGGAUGACGAGGAGGAGGAAGGUUCUGAGAUGUGGGACACCUGGGAUGGCGAGCCGUCUCUGUCGCAGACCAACAUCCAGAGCUGUGAGCUGAGAGCCAACAGACCUGAGUCUCUGCACCUGAUCACCGACUCCUCACAGGAUGUCCCGGGCAUCGAGUUGUCAGCCGGGAAGCAGCAGGGCGCCGCGUCCUCUGUGAUGUGUGGGAAGAAGGUUUGUCUGCAGCAGAAGAGUGAAGAGCUGCAGGAGAGACUGAUGGUGUCUGAAGCCACAGUGCAGGCUCAGGCCGAGCAGCUCAAAGACUACAGGGAGCUGCUCACGGAGACAACAGUACAGCAGGACAGUAAGCAGAUCCAGGUGGACCUGCAGGACAUGGGCUACGAGACCUCCGGCCGCAGUGAGAACGAGGCGGAGAGGGAAGACACCAGCAGCCCAGAGUUUGAUGACCUGGAGAUGUGCACAUCUCUGGACUGUGGUACCCAGUGGUGGCCUGCCGACAGCAGUAGCAGCAGCGCCACCUUCACUAAAACCACCACCCAGAGCUCCGGUGAUGGAGACGAGAUGUCAUCUCUCCAGCACCUGGUCGAGGACCUUCGGUCCCAGCUGACCCGCUCUCAGGGAGUGAUCCGCGGGCUCCAGAGCCGGCUCCGCUCCCUCUCCACCUCCAGCGACAACGGACCCUCCACACCCCGCAAGGUCAACUGGUCAUUCCAGGCCUCGCCCUCCCAGAGCGCGGCGGAGGACGACGAAGGAUGGCAGUCGUCCGACGGAGGUCCUCUGGCUUCGCCCCGUCACCCUCACCCUGACAAGGGCCUGCAGGAGCUGGUGUGCCGUGUGGAUGCACUGGAGGACCAGCUGAGGAAAGGAGGCAAAAAGUCUGUCAGCGAAGAUGUGAAGUCUGCCACCUGGCCAGGUAAAUUCGACACUCUGAUCCAGGCUCAGGCCAGAGAGCUGUCUCACCUCCGCCAGCGGCUGAGGGAGGGUCGGGGCGUGUGCAACAUCCUCACCCAGCACCUGGGAGACACCACCAAGGCCUUCGAGGAGCUGCUGAGGGCCAACGACAUCGACUACUACAUGGGCCAGAGCUUCAGGGACCAGCUGGCUCAGAGCGGCGCUCUGGCUCAGCGAGUCAGCGCAAAGAUCAGUGGACGAGAUCAUUCUGAAGAUCCAGAUGAGAAGACAGAGCUGCUCGCCAUCCGGCUCAGUAAGGAGCUGCAGCAGAAGGACAAGGUGAUCGAGUCCCUCCGCACUAAACUAAACGAGCAUCACCACCAUCAUCAUCGCUCCGACACACCCAGCAGCAACCACGCUCUCUCGGACACCACCGACCAAUCAGAUCGCAUCUCCUAUGUGUCCGACGAGCAUGGAUCCACGAACGAGGACCUGGAUCUUUGCUCUGAAAUGGACGCUGCCAGCGAGCUCGGUCAGAAGGAAACACGGACUUGUACCAGAGUCAGCACAGAUUGCCACUCUCACAGUGGCACCUCGUCUCAUCAUACAUCUGUCCCACCAUCCGUCACCUCACCCCACAGAUCCCAGUCCUUCCUCAGCAGUCCCAGCAUGCAUUGCCCCAGCUCACCACACAAACCCACAGACAUGCUGACUCAGAAAGCUCCAACUUCAGUCUUCACCUCUACCCCCUUCCACCCUCCCCCCUUCUCCUCCUUCACCCAGAGGGCACCUUUGCCCUUCAAUCCCCACCCCACAACCCUGCGUACCCGUUUCCCAGGCAACGGGGGAGUGGGUUUCUCCCUGGCUGAGGUGCAUCAGGAGCUGCAGAUGUUACAAAUGCAGCUGGGAGACAAUGACAGGUUUUCCACUCCGCAGUCCAAACCUCUUCAGGGUUUCCCAUUUGCCCACCAGCAGCCCGACUCCUCCGCCUACAUGCCUCUCUCAUACCACGGAUACCAGCCGUCUCCUUUCAGCAGCGCGACCAGCAGCAGUCUGGAUGCCAGCUCAGCGAUGAAAGCUGGGGCCAGUCUGCUGGAGAGCAGUGCAUUGUGGGAUAUGAGCUACGGUACCCGGCCGCUGAGACUCGGAGCUGACCUGUCUUCAGGAUCCUCGGGGUACCAGUCAGGCACCAGCAACGCAGGUUCAGACCUAAUGAAGGAGCACCUGAGAGAGAUCAGGAGUCUGAGGCAGAGACUGGAGGACUCCAUCCAGACCAACGAUCGCCUCCGGCAGCAGCUGGAGGAGAGACUGGCCCGCACCUCCAUUGAGAAAGGUGCUCCUACCAACAUCUACAUCCAGGGUCUGGACUCGGUCGGCCAGAUCUCCACUGAGAUCAGACUUCUGAAGGAGGAGAACGUCAGUCUGCAGAACCAGCUGAAGCAGGCCACCAGAGAGGCCAGCAAGGAGGCGGAGCAUCUGAAUGAAGCAGAGCUAGAGGCGGAGAAGUGGGCGGAGCAAAGCAGGAAGCUGCAAGCUGAGGCUGAAGCUCGCAGCCAAGAGAUCGCACAACUGAAACAGUACAGACAAACGAACCAGGAAGCCAUCAACAGCCUCCAGCAUGAGGUGAGCGUCCUCAAGCAGCAGCUCUGUGAGAGCCACAGUCUAGUCCACUCUCUCCAGUGUGAGCUGCAGGUGUACCACAGAGUGUGUGGAGUCAACACAAACACACAUGCAGCAGGUCAGGCCAGUGACGGUGACAAACUUGGACACAGCGCUGUGACCUUUGACCCCAGAGAUCUGCACAUUCAGCUGGAGCAGCAGCUGAGCGGACAGGACACACAUCCUCGAUCUAGGAGACAGCUCUUCAACGAAAACGUUCCCUCCCCGCCUGUGAGAGACACUGGACUCGUCAGUCCUUCCUCUCCUCUACAUCCUGCGCAGAAACAGGCAGAAGAAAGUGGAGCAGCUGAUCAAGCCUCGAUCCUGCAGGGUCAAGCCCCCGACGGCUCAUUCGCCAACCAUCAUGGCCGCCACGCAGUGGGUCAUAUUGAUGACUUCAAGGCUCUGCAGCAGCAGAUCCUGGAGGGCAGCGCUCUGCUCCUGAAGAUGGAGACUGGUCUUUAUUCCCUGAGCACCCCACAGGAGUUCAGCCUUCAUCAGGUGAGAGAGACACCUUCAGACUCAGGUUCUGUCAGGAAGAUGCUGUCUGACACUAAAACCCUGCGACAGAUCCUGGAGGAGGCCGGCUCUCUGCUCAGGAUGUUCUGGAGAGCAGCUCUGCCAAACCACCAGGAAACCAAACAGGAUCAGUCUCUGAGGGAGGAGGUCGUCUCUCUCCGUCUGAAGCUCUCGGAGCAAGAGCAGGCUCUAAAGGACGCCAUGGAGAGAGUGAAGAGCUCCAACCGCACCAAAGAUAGCAUGGAGCACUUUAUAGUCAACCAACUGUCAAGAACACAUGACGUGUUGAGGAAAGCAAAGACAAACCUGCAGGAGAACGAGCUCAGGAUUUCCUCUCUUCGCCGUGCUUCUUUCUCCCCCUCCCCCUCCUCCUCUUUCUCUUUCUCCCCCACCUCUUUCUCUUUCUCCCCCACCUCUUCCUCUUUCCCCACUUCCUCCUCUUCCUCACCCCACUGGCCUGGUAAAGGUGAAAACACAGGACGCUUCUGUGAGCUCUCCUUCUCUCCUGAUUGGGGUUUCCUGAAGCCUCGGACUUCCUCCAGCUCCUCCUCCUCUGCUGUCCACCAGCGCCCCCUGCAGUCAGCCACCCUGUAGUGCACCGGCCCCAAGUUCCCCACCAUCUUCUCGUUCAAACAAAACAAACUGGAAAUUCUGGCUCUCUUAUUGGCUGGAGAAACAUUUCAGUUGAGUGAAGUCUGUCUGAGUGUGUUUUGAGAUUACUGCUGGUUCAUGAUUGUUUGUUAAUGUGAAUGAUUGUAAUUGUUUUAUUGUUGGUUGAGGCCAUCAACUGAAGUGUUUUCUCUCAUUCGUAUGAAACCAGUCGGAGUUUGGCUGGAGUUGGUUUAUGAUUCAUGGCUUCUGAUUAAGUUUUUUUCCCCCAUUCACACAGAUACAAUCAGGUUUAGGCUAUCAGAGACACUUAAGUCUAGGUUUGAUAAGUCUGACCAGAGCAGUUUUAAUGUAAAACUAGUCUUAUGCGGUCUUGGCACAUGAAAAGCAGCAACAUUUUUAUUGUAUUUUCUGAAUCCAAAUGUGAUAUCAAGUAUCUGUUUGACAAUCAUAACAACCACAUAAGAGCAAAUAUUCUCCCUUGACUCGUAAAUCAGAAGCUCUUAACCAAAAGCCAACUUCAGCCCCGUACUUCAGCAGGGAUUCAAGAAACAAAAAUCCACAUGAUGCCAGCAGGAAAGCGGCUUUGAAAGCUAAAACCAAACUGCAAAGUGCUUCCUCUGAGCCUCUGUUGAGGCUCGUGUGUGUAGUUAGUGUGUAGAAUAGUUGCAUGUGGUUUGAGCAGCUCUUGGAAACAAAGCCAUACUCUUUGACGGUACAGUAGAUAUGUUUUAGUUUUGUCCUAAUUGCACAAAAAUUGUCAUACAAAUGGCCAACUACUGAUAACAUGGAACAUACUAUAGAACUACCAGUAGACAGUUUGGUCAAAUAGCUGGUAGAUAGUGUUCUCUUGUAUUUACCCACAAAUAUAAAACCAAUUUAGGAUUAUUUUGCUCAUCGUCUACAAACUCCUGAGUAAUACUGUUAAAUAUGGAGUCAGUUCUCUUCAGAUAUUUAAUAAAGUAUAUGGGUCCAACCCAGUUUUUCCUGCUGAAACACAAACCUGCAGUGAAGGCCUUCUGAUGAAGCUGCUGUAAUAUGCAGCAUCUUGGUAAAUAAGUGUUAAUAAAAACAGACCGUCAUAAAGCUGCUCAGCGGUUUGUGUGAUGCCUUUCGUAAGCGAUAAAAUAAAUGAACUUUAUAGUGCACGGUCCAAGAGAGAUGACAUUUCAUUUUUGUAACCAGAAAAAUGGACCACACAUUUAUCUUUAAUUUUAUUAUUAUUAUUUUUUAUAUAUAUCCUUUUUGGUGUUUUGGUUUUUUUUGCUAAAUUUGUGCAUCUCUUUUUGAACUUCCCUCAAGAUCACUUUAAAAAAAAAAACAAUCGUCAAGGGAGAAAACAUCUGUAUGUAAGGAUAUCUUUUUCAAAACUUCCGCAGGAUUUGUGACGUUCACUGUGCAAAUUAUGUUUUCUGAAAUUGGUUGUUUUACACUGGCUCCUCCAAAUCUUAUUUCUUUUUUUUCCUUUUUGUUUUUCUUGAUUUCUCGGUGGUUAGCUGUUUUUUUUGUGCAUGAACUGUGGCUUCACUGCCCUCUGAUACUUUUACUGAAAUAUGCAAUUUUUGGGUUACUGUGCAAUAAUAGCCUUUCUUGUUGCUUUUUGUUGAUGUUUUCGCAAUGGAUAUUAAAGUGCCAUGUCAUCUGUUUUAGCUUUGAAGUGGAAUUGAUUUAAACAAACUUACUUUUGGAUAAAUAUGUCCAGUUUUGUGACAAUCAAUUUAAAGCAGUUUUAAUGGCCCACUAAUUUUUGGCUUAACACGAAUCAGAGUUUUGUAUACAAUAUGCAAAAAAAGGUAAAGUAACAGCAUAAAAGAGUACUGUAAUGAUAUAAUUAUAAAGCAAUAAGGUAAACCAAAGUGAACGACUUGUAUGUUGUCAAAUCAGGUGUAAAUUAAUCACGCUUAGAGAUUUUUUGUCUAAUUCCCCACUUGUCAAAGGUCAAACUUGGUGUCUGUGUGGUUUUAGGAACCACAUCUCAUGUAUGUACAUAUUAAAGGAAGUGUGUACAUCGAUGCAAGUUGUUUUGUUGCUGUUCGACAAAGACCGUCUGUAUUUUUAUGCAUGCUCUCUUUAUUAAAAAUGUUUUGGGGUAAAAUAAAAUAACCUUUGUAUUAAAAAGGGGACAAAACAA